AUGUAAUUUUAAUAAAUAUCCAAGUCUUCAACUUCUAAGAAUUCUACAUAAAAGAAAACAAUAUUUCAUUCAGAAAGACAUUCCCAAGAUGGAUAAGAGAAGGAAGACGAUAAAAUUGAAACAAACAAUUAAAAAGGUAGAUUUGCAAAAUAUAUGAAAAUUUUGAUACAUUAAAAACAAAAUGUGUAAUGUUUUUAAUAAUUUAGUAACUUGAGAGAGAGUAUUGCUAAUUUAAAAAAAAGAAAAACUUUGGAAGGAUUUUCAGGAGAAACACCAGUUUCAAUUCAGUAAUGUUUCUCUUUUCUUAAUUCUGCAUUAUAAAAUGCAAGAAGUUUAAGGUUAAUUUAAUUUUAUAAUGCUUAGAUCUCUUGAUCUAUCAGGAAUGGAAAUCGAUCCCCUAUUAGCUAUAGAAUUAGGUUAAGGACUCUAAAAAAAUUCUUCUUUGAGUGAAAUCAAUCUUUCUGGAUGUAAAUUAAACAGUUUUAGUUUACAAUAUAUAUUUUCAUCAAUUGCAAAUCACUAAACUUUAUAAUCAAUCAAUUUGUUUAAUAACUAAGGUUUCAAUAUUGAUCUUAUGAAUGAUAUCAAUCAAUUUGUUUUUAAAGGGAAGAAUAAUUUAAAGAAAUUAAAAUUAACACAUUGUAACAUAUCUAGUACUGCUAUGAGUUAUUUAUUAAGAAAUCUUAAGUAAAUAUAAGUUAUAUUUUAGAUAUUCUCGAUCAAUAAAUGCUAUAGAUAUAUCAAUGAUGUAAUUUACUACAGAUGUAUUAACAAGUUUAGGGAUGGCACUUCAACAUUAUAAAGGUAAAAAGGUAUUGGAGUAUUUAAAUAUUGGAGAUACUAAUAUAAGGAAUUAAGGAGUAGAAGUAUUGGCUUAAAGAGUAAGUUGGAAUAUUAGAAAGAUAAAUUUGAAAGAACUUAACAUAAGAAGAAAUUUUAUUAAUUAAUAAGGAGUUCCACAUCUUGAGGCAUUUCUAAGAAAAAUUAAAAACUUAUAAAAAUUAGAUUUAUCAUAAAAUCAAUUAGAGGAGUUUUGUUGUUAAAAUUUAUUAUCAAGAAAAAUGUACGAAGUUAACUUAAGUUCUAAUUUAAUUUCGUGUUUUCCUUAAUAGUUUUUUAUGAAUACUUUAGUAAUAAAUUUAACAAAUAACAAUAUAACAAGUCAUGGAGCAUUUUAAUUAUCAAGUAUAUUAAGAUAGAAUCCACUUUGGAUAGAACUCAAUCUUUCUAAUAAUUAAAUAAAAAGUGAAGGAUUUAAUUCACUUAUAUUUGGACUUAGAGAUAACAAAAUGUUAAAAAAAUUUAAUGUAGCUAACAAUAAUUUGGAUGGUGAAGCAAUAAUUACAUAUAUGAUUAAUCAUGAAUAGGUUUACUUUGAAUACUUAGAUGUAUCUUAUAAUUAAAUAAGAUAUGCUUUAAUAUUUUUUUUGUUAAAAUUCAUAAAAAGUGGAUGUUUACGUUGCUUUAGAUGUUCAUUUUAAUAAAAUAAUAAAAUGAUAUUUGGGAUAUAAAUUAAAAUCCUUCCAUAUUACUUGAAGAAGAGAAGUCUGCUAAAUCUGCUUAAAAUUAAUUUUAAUUAAUAUCAUUUAAUUUAAGAGAAUUAGAUUUUUCAAAAAAUGAGAACAUUUUUACACCUGUUAUUAGUUCUUUAGCAACAUAUUUUAAUAAAAUAGAAAUCUUAGAUCUAUCUUCUUGUAAACCAGUAACAGAAUCGGAUUUAGAUUUGCUGUGUAUAUUCUUAAAAAAAUCUACUAUAGUUCAUGAUUUAAACUUAAGAGAUUUGAAUAUUGGAAGUUUAAAUAUAGCAAGUGUCAAAAAAUUAAGGAAUUGUAUCCUUAAUAGUAGUCUUAAAAAAUUAAAUUUAAGCAAAAAUUAACUAUUUAAAAUAGCUAAGACAUUCUAAUUAGAAGAGAUUAUAACAAAUUUCAAACUUGAGAGUUUAGAUAUGAGUGAUAAUGGACUUGAGUCUAAACAUACUAAUUAUAUAGAAAUUGUUAUAUCAUCUUACAGAAAUCUAUAGAUCUUAAAUCUAUCUCAUAAUAACAUAGAUUUUACAGGAUUAAUAGCAGUUUCUAGAAUUAUGUCAGAGAAUAGAUGCUUAAAAAGUUUAAAGUAUGCAUUUAUUUAAUAUUUUCAGUAUUUCUCAUCAAUAAAUGAGUGCUGAUGAUUUAUUAAUAUUGGGUUAAAUAAUAUCUAAUGAAAAUCUUUAAUAUUUAAAUAUAUCAGACAACCCCUAAAUGAAAAGAUUAAAAACAUUUUUCAAUUUAUGUUAGACUGAAAAAAUAGAACUAUUAUAAUUAUCUGAUAUUCAUUUUGAUAAAUCUAACAUAAAAAAUUUAUUAAAUAUUAUAGAAAAAUAAAAAAGGAAUAUUUUAGGGGUUACUUUUAAUCAUUGUAGUUUUAGUUAAAGUAAUUAUGAAAAGUUAGGAAUGUAGAUGGUACAUUGUAAGAAAUUAUAAAUGUUUUGUGUAUCAUAUAAUCCAUUAAUGUAUGUUGAUCUAAAUAAGGCAGCAGCAAUGUUAAAAGAAUUUAAAAAUUUGAAAAUAUUAAAAUUUAAUUAAAUAACAUUUACAGGAGAAUCCUUUGGUCAUGCCAAAGACUGGUUUUUAAAUCCAGAUUGUUGUAGUGUAAUAUAUAUUCAUUAUUCAAGUUGACUACAUUAGAUAUAAGUGAAAAUGUAUUAAGAUAGGAAUGGUUAAAUGAAUUAUGUAUUGGAAUUUAAGGAAAUAGAACUAUUAAACAUUUAUUUCUAAAUAAAUGUAAUUUGGGAAAUUUAAAUUUAGAACCCUUAGGGGAAGCUAUUUCUAUAAAUCCUACAAUAAGAAUAUUAUCAAUAGCUAAUAAUAAUAUUGUCGAUAAUUUAUGUAACAGUAAAUUUGCAGCUGUGUCAGAAAAUAAAACUAUACAAUUUGAAGAACUCAAUUUAUCUGAUAAUCCUUUAGAUGAAAAAGAAUUAAUUUAAUUUUUUACUCCUUAAUCAUUAUAAAAUAAAUAAAAACAAGCUGCCAUAAUAAAACAACUCAAUUUAUCUAAUUGUAAAUUGAAAAUAAGUUUUUUUUAAAAUUUAGUAAAAGAACAUCAAAUUCAUUAAGAAUAAUUCUUAUUUUCUCAUAUUAUAAGUUUAUCUUUAAGUAACAAUUAAUUAGAUGAUUCCAUAGGAGAGUUAUUGAAAUAAACCAUUACUUAAUCAACUUAAUUAUAAGAAUUAUAUCUAUAAUAAAAUUAUUUUACUAGUAAAGGCAUGAUCUAAAUUCUUGAAGGUAUUUUUGUUACUUAAACUAUAAAAACAAUUAAUAUUAGUAGUAAUAAGGUAGGUGAUUUAUUUGCAAAGAAACUAGAUGAAUUAAAAUUUCAUUAAUGUUCAAUUUAGUUUUUAUUGUUAAGAGACAAUGAAUUUUAGAAAUAAGGUUUAAAAAUAUUAGCAUAAAUUCUUUCGUAUUAAAAAAGCUUAUUUAUAGAUAAUAUAUGGACAAAUUUAGAUGAUGAAGAUGCAGAUAAUAUUUUAGAAUAAUAUACUAGAAUUUGUUAAAAAUAUCGUUUAGAUUAAAUUUCAUUACCUUCAUUUUUAAAAGAAAUUUAAUUGUCAAAAUCAAAUCUUACUGAUAAAUUUUGUGAAUCAUUUGGAAAAUAUUAUCCACUUUUGGGGUUCAUUGAAUUUAUUGAUGUUUCAGAUAAUCCAUGUAUAACAAUGUAUGGUAAAGUCUAUUUAUUUUUUCAUUUAUUUGAUUACAGUUAUGAAAAGCAUUAAUUAAGGGCAUUACAUAUAUCUGAUUCUUAAGAAACCAGAUAAUUAUUUGACGAUGGAUUAUUGCGUUAUUUAACUUUAAGAUUGAGGAAUUUUUUAUUGAGAUAAGCAAAAUAAAAUUUGAAAAAAGUUCAUACAAUAGGAUAAUAAGAUAGUUCUUAGAAAUAAAUAGAGAAAAUAUUUGGAGGUAUGUUUGGAUCAUGGCUUAUUCAUAAAAUAAAUAAAUUAAUGAAUUAUUUAGACUUGAUUGAACCAUAGAUAUUUAUAGUAAGCACUCUUUUUAUUGGUAAAUUUAGAAGAAACAAUAUUAACAUAAAGAUUUUAGUUAUUUUAUUUUGGAUUGGGUUUGUUUUAGUAAAUAUAUCUUAAUUUUUUAAAUUAUUUCUCUUAGUAAAUAGUAAGAACAAAAGGGAAAUAUUAAAUUCAGAUAAUAAUAAAUAAACAACUAAUGCUGUAUUCACUGAUUUAACAUGUGCUGGUAUAAUAGUGGGAGCAAUUGUUAUUAUUGAAAUAUUGUAAUUAGUCCUAACUGUAGCUUUAAGAAGAAAAAUAUAACCAGCUUUAUAAAUUAUACAUCCAAAAAUGUUGGAACAUCUACAUACUAAAUUUCCCCAUAAAAGAGAAAUAUUUUUAAUGUUUUACUCUAUUUUUAGUAAAUCAAGUACAUUGGCUGAAAGAAUGUUUUUGGCUUCUUUAAUGAGUUAGAGUGAUGAAAAUUUAGAUUUCGACAUAACAAAAUAUUAGAUUCUAUUUAGUAUUGUGAUAUUUGGAAGAUUAGCUGAUGCCUUUAUAAUAACUUUUAUUAAUUUAAUUAAAUUUAUAUCAGCUACUCCAGGUGAUGAUUAAGCUAAAUAUUUAUCUUUAUUGUAAAGAAAUCUCUACUAUUAAAAUUAUUUCGUCUCAAGUGAUGUUCUAGUAACUUUAUGUCCAGUUUAAGGAUAUUAAUUAACAAAAACUAUUAAAGUUAAUUAUGAAAUCAUAAUCGAAACUUAUAGGAUGAUUUUUUUUGAAUUAAUACUAUUCAUCUUUAUUUGGAUUUUCUCCUCUAAGACUAAGAUAACUGGUUUUUAUAAUUAUUUUGAUCCAAAAUGGCCUACAAUGCGAUUAUGGAUGACAUUUCUUUUUGUGAAAUGUAUAAUCUCGAUAAUCUUAUCCCUUUUUAAAAUUUUGACUGUUAGACCUGCUGUUGUUAAAUAAAAUGGAUUUAAUUAAGCCUUGGCAAUAAAAAGAUUCUAAUAAAAUAAAAAUUAAUUUGUCAAACCAUAAAACAUACAAAUUGAAUAGAAUUUGUAAAAAAUUGAACUCGAAUUAAAAUUAAAAUAAUAAUAAUAAAGCCAGUCUUCAAGAGAACUAGAAGAGCGUCGAGAAAUAAAAAUAUAAAAAAAAAUUUAAGAAAUUGAUUAAAUUGAUGAAGAAGAAGAUGAUAUUUUAUUAAGUAAAUACUCUUCAAAUUUUGAAUAUUCAAGUAUUAAAUUAACUUAAUAAUAGAUAAUUCCUCAUUUUCCGAUUUAACAUUAUAAGAUCCACCUUAACACCCUUUAAGUAAUACUAUUCCAAAGUUUAAAUAUAAUAAAUGA